AGACACAGAACAAGAUCAUGGGGCACUCCAAUGUGUGGAAUUCUCACCCUAAAAACUACGGCCCUGGCUCCCGCGCCUGGUACGGAAUAUCGCCUUUUCUCUUCCAACUUGUUUGGUCCCCGAGAAAUUAUGGCUCAUGCCUUCUAGUUGGGUUGAUUAGGAAGUACGGCCUCAUGUGUUGUAGGCAAUGCUUCCGCAGCAACGCCAAGGAAAUUGGCUUCAUUAAGAGAACACGGUGGAACAUGUCUUACGACAUUAUGGUUGCUGCGGUUUGCCAUCGGUUGCUCAUCUAUGGAGGAGAGGCUCACAGCGUGAAUGGUGUUGCUCGGUUUUGGUUUCUCACGUAG